CAAAUAUUAUACUAAAAGAUAACAUAACAUAAUACAAGGUGGAAGAACCACAUAAUACAAGGUGAAAGAACCCCAUCUUUCCUCCCCUACACAUACCCAUCUUGGUGGCCAUUUUUAAGAGCCCUUAUAAAUUCUCUUUUAUCUUUUUAGGGAAAUUUUUUUAUUUUUGAUGAUUUUCCUAAUAUGAACAAAUUGAGAGGGAGCGUACACUCAUGAGGAAUGGGACCCACCCCCAACCCAAAUUUGCGUGAGGCCGAUAACAUAAUAAAAUAAUUCCCAUCCUUUUAGAUAAGUUGCCUUCAAUUGAGAGAAGAGAAAGGUUUAUUGGGCCCCACUAAUGGGGACAUCCAUCGCUAUCCCUAAAUUCUAUUGUUUUUAUUUUUUAUUUUUUAUAAAGAGUUGAUAUUUUAUUAUUAUUAUUAUUAUUAUAAGAGUACUACCUAAUACUAAAUUUGUUGUACCCAUUAAUUGGUGAUGAGUUAAUGACAAAUAGACUCUUAAAUCACAUGUGGAGUAUAGUAUUACAUACAGUUUAUAUUUUUUUCAAAGUAUAGUAUUACUAGCUAGUCAGUCGUCCCUGCUUGUUGAGGCCAACAUCGUUCGUAUCCUUCUCUCAAGGCAAGGGAGAAGGCUAGAACUUAAGAGAGAUUCCUCGUGAGGAAAGAACACAAUCGAUUUGGACAAAAAGUGGGCGUGGUGUGGAUGGCGACAGCUUUGUAGUAGAUACGGAUUACAUAUAAAUGAAAGGGUACGACUUACGAGCCCAAAACUACAACCGGACAAUUGCGGCACACGCAUUGCUUACUCGGAUCGAUGCUACAAAUUUAUCUUCUUGCUCUAAUUUAUAUUUUAUAUAUUAAUAUGAUAUAUAAGAUAUAAGAUGUGAAUUUUUAUUUUUUGUUUUAAUUAUUACAAGUGUAACAAUGCAUGUUUUCCAGCUGGCCUUGAUUAUAUUUUAGAUUUAUGUUGUUACCAUUGAGCUGCAUUGGAUUGGAUAUAUAUAUAUAUAUGUGUGUGUGUAUAUGGUAACCAAAUGAUUAAUUGAAUCCAAUACAAGUAUAAAAUCCAUUGUUUGGAGGCAGCGAGUCUUCUGCCACUUGAUCUGCCCUGAAAAAUUGUUCCAACAGAGCGCUUGCAGAUUAGAUAUUUGAAAAAUAAGAAGAAGAAGAAGAAGAAGAAGAUGGGUAAGGGAGGGAUGUCCCGUGGCGGUGGAGCUGAAGGCCAAAAGGAUGAUGAAGAAGAAGAGAACAUGGCGGCUUGGCUUCUCGGCAUCAACACCCUCAAGAUUCAGCCCUUCAAGCUGCCCACCCUUGGUCCCGGUGAUGUUAGAGUUAGGAUGAAAGCUGUUGGUAUUUGUGGCAGUGAUGUUCACUACCUGAAGACCUUGAGAUGUGCAGACUUCGUUGUUAAGGAGCCUAUGGUUAUUGGCCAUGAGUGUGCCGGGGUUAUAGAAGAAGUUGGGAGCGAGGUGAAAUCACUGGUGCCGGGAGACCGAGUGGCCUUGGAGCCCGGCAUCAGUUGUUGGCGCUGCUACCACUGCAAAGAGGGCCGCUACAAUCUAUGCCCCGAUAUGAAGUUCUUCGCGACUCCUCCUGUCCAUGGUUCUCUUGCCAAUCAGGUAGUGCACCCAGCAGACCUAUGCUUUAAGCUGCCUGAGAAUGUGAGCUUGGAGGAAGGGGCAAUGUGCGAGCCCCUUAGUGUUGGCGUUCACGCUUGUCGGCGCGCCAACAUUGGUAACGAAACCAAUGUUUUGAUCAUGGGAGCCGGUCCCAUAGGUCUGGUAACGCUGCUUGCAGCUCGUGCCUUUGGAGCUCCCAGAAUAGUCAUCGUGGAUGUAGAUGACAACCGUCUGUCAGUUGCCAAGGAAGUCGGUGCAGAUGAAACUAUUAAAGUUUCAACAAGCAUCCAGGAUGUGAGCAAGGAUGUAGAACGGAUUCUUAAAACUAUGGGGGGUGUAAGAGUGGAUGUGACCUUUGAUUGUGCAGGCUUUAACAAAACCAUUUCGACAGCUCUAAGCGCCACUCGUUCAGGUGGAAGAGUUUGCAUUGUGGGAAUGGGUCACCACGAAGUAACUGUUCCUCUCACCCCAGCUGCUGCAAGGGAGGUUGAUUUGAUUGGCGUGUUCCGAUACAAGAACACAUGGCCGCUUUGCCUUGAAUUCCUCAGCAGUGGAAAGAUUGAUGUGAAACCCUUAAUAACCCACAGAUUCGGGUUCUCGCAGCAGGAGGUUGAAGAGGCUUUUGAGACCAGUGCUCGCGGUGGCAGCGCCAUUAAGGUCAUGUUCAAUCUGUAGACUCUGCAGAACAUCUGGGCACUGAAGUUUGCCUCUUCUAUGAAAAAUUUGAAGUGAAAGGAAUAUGGUAGAGAAUGAAGUUACCCUAAACUCUAAACCCUUAACAUGGUGGAGAAUGAAGUAAUUGUAUGAAUAAUGAUCUCAGUAACCUUGAAAGCCUUUUAUCUGUCUGGUUUCUUUUUCUUUGGCUGGCUAAUAUAUAGGAGUUGUAAGCUUGCUAUCUGUUCUUAGUUGGAUGAAGAUUUAUGUAAUGUAGAAGGAAUGGCUGAGAGCUGAUUGUCUCUAAAGGAAAUCGAAGGAUUUGUGUAGGUUCCUGUGCUGCGGGGAGGGUCGUACGUUCAUGGAAACAACCAUAGAAAUUGGGAUGAUGAAUGAAUAAUAUGUUUUUCUA